AUGACCAAGACUCGACCACCAGAGCUGCGCCAGUUGCUAGGGGACGAAGCCAAGGAUGUAGCUGACUACGACGCCGUAAUCAAGGCCCCGACGCUAUCAUCUACUGCUCCUACAUCUUCUGAUGAGGAGUUGUACUCGCGCAAGUUUAGCUGGCAGACAUUGUGGGCUUAUGCUGGGCCAGGGUGGCUCAUGAGCAUUGCUUAUGUGGACCCUGGGAACCUCGAGAGCGAUCUGCAAGCAGGAGCUUAUGCAGGCUAUCAGCUGACGUGGGUCCUGUUUGGUGCGACCGCAAUGGGCUUUUUUCUCCAAGUACUGGCCGCUCGACUGGGUGUAGUCACUGGCAAAAACUUGGCGGAAAUGUGUACGGCCAUCUUCCCCCGGUGGGCUUCACUGACGCUGUGGGUCAUGACGGAAAUUGCAAUCGUUGGUAGUGACGUGCAAGAAGUUUUGGGCUCGUCCAUUGCAUUUCAAGUGCUGUUUCGAUUCCCGCUGUGGCUUGGAUGUCUGAUCACUGGCUUUGAUACGUUUACGUUCUUACUGCUUCACCGCUAUGGGGUUCGCAAGCUUGAAGCGCUUUUCGUCGCGUUGAUACUGGUUAUGCUGGUCUGCUUUUGCGCCAACUUGGUGCGUGGAGACGUUGCAUCAGCAGACGUAGUGCGUGGCUUUGUGCCGCGUGUUGAUCAUUAUGCCGUGACGCAGGCUGUGGGCAUUAUUGGAGCCGUCAUCAUGCCGCACAACAUCUUUUUGCACUCAGCACUUGUGCAGUCUAGACAAGUAAAUCGACGCAGUGGAGGCAACGUCCGCGAGGCAAACAAAUACUUUGCAAUAGAGGCCUGUCUGGCGCUAAUGGUGUCCUUCUUGAUCAAUUUGGCCGUACUGGCCGUUUUUGCAAAGGGCUUCUUCUCGCCAGAUUGCGUAGCAUCUUUUGACACAAGUGGGGUCAACACAGCCUGUGUCUCUGUAGCUAUUGCUAAUGACGACACGCGUGGACACUGCCAACUUGGUAAUGGUGACGAAGGUAUGUGUCAAGAGAUCGGGUUAUCCCAGGCUGGUACGGCGCUCAGCGGCAUGUUGGGAAAGUACGCUGACGUCGUUUGGGCAAUCGGUCUGCUGGCUGCAGGACAAAGCUCCACUAUGACAGGAACUUACGCGGGUCAAUUCGUCAUGGAAGGAUUCCUGCAGCUUCAACUGUCGCCAUGGAAGCGUGUGGCGCUCACUCGAUGUGUGUCGCUUGUUCCUGCACUGACUGUCGCGAUCUUAAGCCAGCAAAAUCCAGCGGAAAGCGAUCACAUGGACGAGUUACUCAACGUACUGCAGUCGAUCCAGCUGCCAUUUGCUUUACUUCCCGUACUGAUCUUUACGAGCUCACGUACCAUCAUGGGAGACUUUGCGAAUAACAAGGCGACAGUGGUAUUUGGCUGGCUCUUGGGCGGCCUCGUGUGUGUCGUCAAUCUGUACUUGAUCUUCACAAACCUGGAAAAUAUCGCUUUGGGUGUCACGGGGGUCGUUGUUUUGGGAGGCGCUUGUUGUUUGUACUUUGGCUUCCUGGGAUACUUGAUUCGCACUGGAAUGAAUUUGGUCGCCGAUCGCACACGCACAGCCCCUCGCGUAUAUCAAGACUAG